AUGGACAUCGAGGCACGCCGCGCCAACGCCCAAUCCUCCACACGAUCGCAAUCGCAAUCGCAGACGUCGCAAUCGCAGACACUGUCGAUAACGCCCUCUGCCACGGGCUCGCGAACAGCAGCGUCCCUGACUCCGAUCCCACUUUCGGCGCUGUCGAUUCCGAAUACGCCUAUUUCUGUGGGUAUGGGCGUGGGGAUGGGCGGGAUCAUGGGUGCGGGUGCGGGGAUGGGAAUGGACGAGCUGACGCCGUCGUCGAUGCUGUCGGGGGGGGAGGCAUGGCGGUGUGCGCGGGAUGAUGGGGACACCACUACAGAGGCGCACCGGGGGAGUGGUAUCGACGGUGAUCCUGGAUUCAGCGGUGGAGGUUCGGAUUCAAGUAUCUGGAAUGGGGCAGAUACAGACGUGAGUAUGUGCUUGACGGGGCCAUCCACGCACCAUGGACGAACCCACCUUGUCUUCUACAUCCCCGCCUCCAUUCCUCUUCACAUCGUCACGCCGUGCCUCUUCGUAUUGAGCUUGCGCUGGCGGACAUGCCCCGCGGUUGCCGUGCGCUGCUUCGCUGAUGUCCGCCCCGUCGGGGACGGCGCUGUGGAUACCGUUGCUUCCACCUGGGCCCCUGCAUUGCCCUCUGCAUUGCAAGGCCUGUCGCUGUCGCUGUCACCGUGGAAGAAUGAGUAG